GUGUGUGUGUGCACUGUUUGUGCCUGUUACUUUAAGAGAACAAGCCCAACUCAAGAGAAGCCACUCUGAGAUCAGAGAGUGCUGGAUUCUCUGUGGCUCUUCAAAGAGAUGAUAGAUUAAAGCUCAGGAUAGAAGAUGAACCAGCGCAGACUUGAAGGCGGCUUGUUGGGAGCAGAAAAGAGAACCACGUAAACAGGAUGGUCACAGAUCACUGAGUAGAAACCAAACAGAGCAGAGAGAAGAAGGUAUGGGGAAUUCCGAGAGCCAGUAUAGCAUCCAGGGACCUCGAGGCUCCAGCAUCGUCCUUCCAGGGAGACAGAAGCCCUUCCUGAAGUUCCGCUCCACCAAAGAGGAGUCGGUGUCGCCUCACGGCUGCUGGCGUGUCAUCCCAGGCACGUCCGCGCACAAGUCCAAAGCUGUGGGCCAGGGUUGCCUCUCUCAGCAAAAAGGCAGUCUUCCUUACGUGCCCCGCCAUUAUGACUACAUUGCAAAAGGAGCAAAUGAGGGAGGGAAUGGAGGACUAUGGAAUGGUUCCCAUGAUCCCUUGGCAUCAGAGGGCCACUUGGUGUUAUCGUCAGAGAAUGGUUACGGACAGUAUGAGGAUGCCGCAGGAAACGGCAGGCUGAAUGGCUACAUGACGAAUGGACACAAAACCCCCGAGAGAAAGGCUUGUCCAGAGUCUCUGGAAGAACAGAGCAGCCCGCGCGUGGUCAUCAAAAAAGAUGGCAGCCUACGCGUGGAGUUCACCAACAACGCCAGCAACAACCCCCUGCUGUUGGACGAGUGUGCCGGGCCUGUCCAGCUGCUGAAGUUCUCUCCGAACGUGGACUCGACGCCCAGCCUACCUGGGGUCACGCGCAGACAUGACCUGCACCACGGAGCAGCGACGGCCACCAGCUCCACCACCAGGACCAGUAAGGGCAGCUCUCUGAGCUCCGAGGGCUCCUGGUACGACUCCCCGUGGGGAACCGGGGCCGAGCUGAACGAAGCCGACAGUCUGUCUCCCAGCAGAGUAGGAGGCAGCACGGGGGACAGCCAAUCGAGAGUCUUAGACGAUCAGUCGCUGCCUGAACUUUACCGUGACCCCACUAUGGCGGUCACCUUCAACACCAUCAAGGACCUGCCUCAUCGGUUUCCAGAUGAGAUGGCCACCAAACAUCGGGCCUCCUUCGUGUCUGUCAUGGAGGUGCCCACUGAGGAGGACUGUCCAGAGGUCAAACAGUAUGCCUCCUACACGCUACCCUGUCGCAAACCCAAGCCUGUCGCAGACGAUGCCGUCAAGAAGGAGUCCAUCAGAAACCGCAUGCGGCGCCUCAGUGACUGGACCGGAAGCUUGAGCCGGAAAAAGCGGAAAACGCAGGAGCCGAGGUACAAAGACCCCAACGAGUGCUUCGACAGCGGAGUGGACGGCCUCACCGCCGACACCAGCUCGCCCUCCCAGGUGUCCAGUCUCCUGUGGUACCCCAGGGGUCCGUCCCAGCCGCGCACCCGCUCGCGCUCCCAAGCCCUGCCGUCCCGCAGCGAAUCGGCCGGCGCCCUGAACCAGGGGACCGACGCGCUGCGGCAGAACAUCUACGAGAACUUCAUGCGCGAGCUAGAGGCCGGCGGAGGCCGGAGCGGAGGAGGAAGAGGAGGAGGAGGAGGAGGAAGAGGAGGAGGAGGACUGGGCGGCGGCGGCGGCAGCAGCGAGGAGCGUCAGCAGGAGCCGUCCACGGAGGGCACGGAGGAGGACAGCAGCAGCGAGGAGGCGCGGGGCUCGCUGGAGCAGCUGGACCUGCUGUUCGAGAAGGAGCAGGGGGUGGUGCGGCGGGCCGGCUGGCUCUCCUUCAAGCCCCUCAUCACCCUCCACAAGGACCGCAAGCUGGAGCUCGUGCCCCGCCGCAAGUGGAAGCACUACUGGGUCACCCUGAAAGGCUGCACAUUACUCUUUUAUGAGACCUAUGGUAAAAGCUCCUGUGAGCAGGACUUGUCCCCUCGCUAUGCCCUGAUAGCUGAGGACAGCGUUGUUCAGGCCGUACCCGAACACCCCAAAAGAGAGAACGUGUUCUGCCUCAGCAACACCUACGGUGACGUCUACCUCUUCCAGGCCAGUAACCAGACGGACCUGGAGAACUGGGUGACGGCCAUCCACUCGGCCAGCGCGUCGCUCGUGGCCAAGCGUCAGGGGAAGGAGGACACCCUGCGGCUGCUGCGCGGCCAGAUCCGCGGCCUGCUGCAGAAGAUCGACAUGGACGGCAAGAUGAGGAAGAUGGCCGAGCUGCAGCUGUCCAUCGUGAGCGACCCCAAGAACAGGAAAGCCAUCGAGAACCAGAUUCAGCAGUGGGAGCAGAACUUGGAGCGCUUCAACAUGGACCUGUUCCGCAUGCGCUGUUACUUGGCCAGCCUGCAGGGCGGAGAGCUGCCCAAUCCCAAGAGCCUCCUGGCCACGGCCAGCCGCCCCUCCAAAGCAGCUCUGGGCCGCCUCGGAAUCUUUUCCGUGUCCUCCUUCCAUGCACUGAUCUGCUCUAGGGACGAGGCCACGUUACGGAAGCGCUCCCUGUCUGUGUCCCAGCGAGGACGGAGCAAACGAGGAAUCUUCUCCUCGCUCAAGGGCCUGGACAACCUCACCAGACGGGGGCGCGAGAAAAGGCCCUCGGCCUCUCAGCUCUUCGAGAGUGAGACGGAGAUGCAAGUCAACUAUCUGCCCCCAUACAGUUCGGAGAGACUGGACAGCCUGGCCAACCUCUACUCCAUAGCACCACCUGAAGGCGGCCAGUGGAACGACAGCGGCGAGAACCAGUCCUGUAUCUACAUGCCGGACAACCAGGCGGUCACGCUGCCUCUGAGACAGGACCACAUGGUGGCGGACGCCCUCUCUUUGGCCUGCAAGGCCAGGCACUUGGAGCCCAGCCUGCACUUCCUGAGACUGCGGAGGUGCGUCGGUCAGUGUGUGGAGGUGUGUGUGCCUGAACCGGACGAGCUGCUGCAGGACCUGGUGUACGAGGAGCUGGAGGUCUGUCCCCUGAAUGUAUUCUCCCUGCAUAUGACUAGACCCAGCAGCACAGCAGACUACGGUUUUGCAGUGACUGGGCACGUCGACGUCCUCAGCCAGAGCCGGAUCUUUGUCAGUGAGGUGCUCCCUGAUGGACUAGCCUUUGGUGAAGGCCUGAGGCCCGGCGACGAGAUCCUGGUGCUGAACGGGUGUGCGGUGUCGUCUCUGGACCUGAGUCUGAUCCAGAGGCUGUUUGCCGAGCACACGUUGCAGCUCACCCUGCGGCGUGACCCUCCGUCUCAGCGCCGCUUCCCCGACGACAACACCCUCUCGCCGGACCCCUCCCCCGCUCAGAACGCCCUGCAGAAACCUCCCCGAGCCAAGUCCUCCACAGAUGUGUCCGUGGUGCAGGAGGGCCCCAGUACGCUGCUAGAGGCCGGUCUGGAGAAUGGUCAGCCCCAUCGGCGGCGCAGCCACAAGCCAGUCCAGCACAGCAAGAGUGUGGAGACGGUGUGCACACUGUACCACUCGUUCCAGGAGGGCUCUGGAGGUCUGAUGGAGGGCCAGAAGGAGUCGGCGGCCCACGCCGAGCCCACGCUGCUGCGGCCCUGCCCCCGCCACAUGUCCGCCACCGAGCGCCUGCGCAAGGUCAUCCAGGAGCUGGUGGACACCGAGAAGUCCUACGUCAAGGAUCUGAGCUGCUUGUUUGAGAUCUACCUAAAGCCCCUGCAGAAGGAGACCUUCCUCACGCAAGACGAGAUGGAGAGCCUCUUCGGGAGUUUGCCCGAAAUGCUGGACUUCCAGAGGGUGUUCCUUCAGACCCUGGAGGAGCGCAUUGCCUCCUCGCCGGACUUCAGCACCUUGGAAACUCCCAUGCAGUUCAAGAAGCUGCUCUUCUCCCUGGGCGGGUCCUUCCUGUACUACGCCGAUCACUUCAAGCUCUACAGCGGCUUCUGCGCCAAUCACAUCAAGGUCCAGAAAGUCCUGGAACGAGCGAAAACUGACCAGGCCUUCAAAGAGUUUCUGGACGCCAGGAACCCGACCAAGCAGCACUCGUCCACGCUGGAGUCCUACCUGAUCAAGCCGGUGCAGAGGGUGCUCAAGUACCCUCUGCUGCUCCGAGAGCUGGUGUCGCUGACCGACACGGACAGCGAGGAGCACUACCACCUGACAGAGGCCUUGAAGGCCAUGGAGAAGGUGGCCAGUCACAUCAAUGAGAUGCAGAAGAUCUACGAGGACUACGGCACUGUGUUCGACCAGCUGGUGGCGGAGCAGAGCACUGCAGACAAAGAGGUCACUGAGAUUUCCAUGGGAGAGUUCCUCAUGCAUUCCUCGGUCAUCUGGCUCAACCCGUUCCCUUCGCUGGGCCGCAUGAGGAAGGACCCGGAGCUGACCGUCUUUGUGUUCAAGAAAGCGGUCAUCCUCGUCUACCGGGACAACAACAAGCUCAAGAAGAAGAGUGGCCCACGCUCGUCCCACGGAGACACGGACCCGUUUAAGUUCCGCUGGCUCAUCCCGCGCUCCUCCCUGCAGCUGCGGCUGAACUCAGCAGGCUCAGAAACCAGUUGCAUCUGGGAGCUGAUCCACACCAGGUCGGAGAUCGAGGGGAGGCCAGAGACAGUGUUCCAGCUCUGCAGCAGCAUUCCAGAAAACAAAGUCAACAUCAUCAAGGUGAUCCGGUCGGUUCUGAGGGAGAACGUGAGGCGGAACAUGCCAGCAGACCGGGCCUGCAAGGAACGUCUCGUCCCACUCCGCAACACCCUGCCCUCCUCCGCAAGGCUAGGUUCCUCCAGGGCGUCCUGGCUUUGCAGACUGGACCCUCCUUCCCCCGCCACUCCCCACGCAGAUGUGCCAUGCCGGCGGCCGGCCGACUCCGACGACGCCAGUCUGAGCAGUGGCACCCCCAGCGACGGGCGUCCCCCGAAACCCGCCGCUCGUCUCUCGCCGCCCUCGCCGUCCUCCGCCGCCUCGUCCCUGUCGCCCUGCGGCAGCGCCUCGGAGCCGCCGCUCAAGGAGUCGGACAUCCUGAGCGACGAGGACGAGGAGUUCGCCGAGCGCCUGACGCUGACGUCGUCGACGUCGUCGUCAUCGGCGGCCCGCAGCGACUCGCCGCCCAGCGCCAUCGAGGCUCAGUUCCGCCGCCUGCGUCUGUCCGAGGAGCAAGCGGCGGGGCGGGCCCCGGCACCCUGCGUCCAGCCCGAGGGCGGUGAGGUGGACACCCCCGAGAGGCGACCGCCCACGUCCCCCCGCGUCGAGCCGGGACUCCAGCGCGGCCACUUCUGCCCCAUCAAGAGGAAGAGCGGCAGUGGAAGCGGAGGCAGUGGAAGCGGAGGCGGUGGUAGCCUGCGGCGCAGCCAGGGGGCGCUGUUGAGCAUGCGCGAGCACAGUCGCUCGCUGGACAGCCAGACGGACGCGGCGGCGAUGGUGGCGGCGGCCGACCUCAACAGCCUGCUGGAGCGCGAGUUCAGCGUGCAGAGCCUCACCUCGGUGGUCAACGAGGACUGCUUCUACGAGGCGGCCGAGAGCGGAGACAACAGCGCCGCCACCGCUAGCUCCUAGCGCCCCGCAGCACACCAACACCUCCACCCCUCCACCGCGCACCACGACAACGACAAGCCCAGACCAAAGACCUGAGGUGCCUCUCAUGCAGCGUUUAUACGUCCUCCCUCGCUCCUCGGGCCUCGAUCCUCACUGAUCUACAUAAAGAAUGAUGGGGGGGAAACAAUGGGAUAGUCUAUCCAGUGUUAGUUAUAGAUCAGUGGGAACGCCCCUCGAGGAUCGAGCAUCGAGGAUCGAGGAGGCAUGUUGAGAGGCACCCCUGGCGUAGAGCACACAUCAUGACUGACCUCUAGAACAAACGUUUCCACUGCCAUUCAGGAGGAGAGAGACUGUGAACUUGAACAAUGCCACGGUGACAUGAAGGAAGAAGGCCUGGAGGAUCUCCCCCCAUAUUCUCACAAGGCCUGGAGGAUCUGCCCCCAUAUUCUCACAAGGCCUGGAGGAGCUCUGAUGGCCUCUUGCUGCCUCUAGUCAGUAUGAAGGUGCAGGUGGGAGAGACAGACUCGAGUCCACCACAGUCCUGUGGGGUGGGGGCUUGGCACUCUGACCCCAGCAGGGGGGGCUUCACUUCCUCUGAUCAGAGGGCCGUCUCUCCGGUCGUCUGUUUCCGUGCCUCGACUCCCCCCCCCCCUUCCCCCGAACCCAGCGUGGUGUCCAGUUGUGACAGGGAUCGCUCCCCCUUGUUUUGCCAUCUGAUGAAUUAGAUGCUGCCCUCGUCAUGGCAACAGGCCUCUCGCCUGAGAGCCACAUCAGGUGACUUUCGCUGUCUAAUCUUGGCCUCGGCUACCGCCUGAGCACUGAUGCACAGCCAAAAGCCAGACACACACACACACACACACACACACACACACACACCAGGAGUGCGCACCUCGGACUGAGCUGCUCUUGACCUCGUCCCCAGUGGGACUCAGAGUCGCGCUGAAACAACAACUGAAAGAUUUAUUUUUUCUUUUUUUAGUCCAGACUAUCUGCCUUGCUGUAUUUUUUGUGCACUGCAUACACAAUUUGCCUAAAUUUGAAGCGUUGCUUUUUAUUUUUUAUUUGUACAUUUCUUGGAAUUGUUGGAUUUUUAUUGAAAAAAAAGAACAGUUUUUCCUCUCUCUUUUUUUAAUUUAUUGAUAGUUUUUUUAUUUUAUUUUUUAUAUAGGAAAGCAAACUUUGGGCUAUGGCUUGAAUUCCUGAGACACAAAUGCUAAGGGGAGACAGAGCAAUCACGAGUCUUGCAUUCUAAUGUAAUCUCACCCAAUUAGCAUGGUGUUCAUGCUCCCCCUGCGUUUGUAGCUACCAGUGUACGGGGUGGUAAGUGUCCAAUGGUAUCAGCAAGAUUUAAUUGAAAUAAUGUGUUGACUUGGCAAGUUGCCGGAGGGGUGAAAAAGCUCAAGUCGUCAAAAGGCGCUCCUUCGAAGAUUGUUCCUUUUUUAAAUGUCCAGAUAUGAACAUAAUACUAUUUUCUCUGUACUGUAACUUAAUUUGAAUUUUAUAUUCACAGUUCUUUGCAAAUGAAGACAGUGUAACUUGUAAUAAACAGUGUCUGACAUGA